GGCUGUACCUUUGACGAAGACUCUGACCCUGGACUGUGUGAGUACAAGCAGGGACAGGAGGACGACUUUGACUGGCAGCUGAUGAGGACAUACAACUGGCCACACAGCACCCCAGACCUGCUACGAGGKUCGUUCAUGAUGGUGAACUCGUCCCAGCAUGCCGCGGGGCAGCGGGCCCACCUCCUCCUCCGUUCGCUGAGUGAGAACGACACGCACUGCAUCCAAUUCAGCUACUUCCUGUACAGCCGCGACGGCCACUCCCCCGGGGACCUGCAGCUCUACAUCCGGGUCAACGGGGGGCCGCGGGGAAGCGCCGUCUGGAACGUCUCCGGGUCACAUGGACGCCAGUGGCACCAGGUGGAGCUAGCCGUUAGCACAUUCUGGCCCAGCGAAUACCAGGUGGUGUUUGAAGCAUCGGUCUCAGCAGAACGGCGUGGCUACAUCGCCAUUGACGACAUCCUGCUGCUCAAUUACCCCUGCUACAAGGUUCCCCACUUCUCUCGCUGGGGGAUGGGAGGUCAAUGCAGGGCAGAAUCCACCUUCCAGUGUGUCGACGGCAAAACUACAGAGACAGAACCCUUCCUACUGGAGUCUCUGAAGGAGAAGAGAUCUACUCUCUACAUCCGAAGUCUUUACAGACAUGUCUGCACUUCGUCAUCCUCCAAUCAGAAUUCAGGCAAGGUUACCAGAUUGCCCCCCACCCCCAUCGCUCCCCCCCAGCUGCUCCGGGCUGGCCCCACCUACCUGAUCAUUCAACUCAAUACCAACUCCAUCGUGGGGGAUGGCCCCGUUAUCCGCCGUGAGAUCGAGUACCGGGCCAGCCAAUCACCAUGGUCGGAGACACACGGUGUGGGCUCGCUCACGUAUAAGGUGUGGCAUCUGGAGCCGGACACAGAGUACCGUAUCAGUGUUUUACUGACCCGACCAGGGGAGGGAGGCACAGGGGCGCCUGGACCCCCCCUGGUCAGCAGGACCAAGUGUGCAGAGCCCAUGCGUGCGUUGCGAGGCCUCACAGCCAUAGAGAUCCAGCCUCGUCAACUAGUCUUACAGUGGGAACCUCUGGGCUACAACCUGACGCGCUGCCACACCUACUCCGUCUCUCUCUGCUACCGUUACUCCACACCUGCAGGAGGCAGCGCAGGGAACAAUGCCACAGUGAGGGAGUGUCUCUCCGUAGAGAGGAACCAAUCACACUUCACCCUGAGGGACCUGCCCCCGUUCCGCUCCGUCCACGUCAGGCUGGCGCUGGAAAAUCCAGAAGGCAAGAAAGAAGGCAGAGAGGUCACCUUUCAAACCGAGGAGGACAUUCCUGGUGGCGUCGCCCCAGAGUCACUGACCUUCACCCCAUUGGACGAUAUGAUUUUUCUGAAGUGGGAGGAGCCUGUGGAGCCCAAUGGGGUCAUCACACAGUAUGAGAUCAGUUACCAGGGCAUCGAGUCAUCCGACCCAGGUAUCAACGUACCGGGCCCUCGCCGUACUGUCUCCAAGCUGAGGAACGAGACAUACCACAUGUUCUCUGGCCUACACCCCGGCACCACCUACCUGGUGUCUGUUAGAGCUCGCACCGCCAAGGGCUUCGGGCAGACCGCCCUCACUGAGAUCACCACCAACAUCUCCGCCCCAGUGUUUGACUAUGAGGAUGUCCUGGCCCCACUCAGUGAGUCAGAGAGCACCAUCACGGUGCUGUUGAGACCAGCGCUGGGCAGAGGAGCACCAGUCAGUGCAUACCAGGUGGUGGUAGUAGAAGAGGACGGUUCUAGGCGGAUCAGGAGGAAGAGGAGGAGGAGGGAGCUGGGUAGCGGUUCAGACUGUUUCCCUGUGCCAGCGUCCCAGGUGGAGGCCCAGUCUAAGGGGACGCCUCACUACUACACAGCUGAGCUGCCCCCCUCCAGUCUCCCUGAGGCCACUCCGUUCACCGUAGGGGACAACCACACCUAUAACGGCUACUGGAACACUCCCCUGGACCCCUCCAAGAACUACCUAGUCUUCUUCCAGGCUAUAAGCAACUUCAGAGGGGAGACGAGAAUUAACUGCAUCCGGAUUGCCCGUAAAGCUGCCUGUAAGGACCAUAAGAGGGCCCUGGAGGUGUCCCAACAUGCAGAGGACAUGGGUCUGAUCCUGGGGGCCUGUGCUGGCGGACUGGUGGUCCUCAUUCUGCUGCUGGGGGCCAUCGUCAUCAUCAUCAAGAAGGGGAACAGAGGAGUUCAGUGAACGAGUCCAGCAGCCUGUUGGGUGGUUCACCUCGACGCCACUGUCGUAGGAAGAGCUCUCCGUACCACACAGGUCAACUUCACCCCGCGGUCAGGGUGGCAGACCUCCUCCAACACAUCAACCAGAUGAAGACUGGGGAGGGAUACGGCUUCAAACAGGAGUAUGAGAGCUUCUUUGAUGGGUGGGAUGUCACCAAGAAGAAGGACAAGACUAAAGGGAGACAUGACAGUUUAUUGGGGCAUGAUCGUCAUCGAGUCAAGCUACACUCUCUCCUAGCAGACCCCAACUCUGACUAUGGCAAUGCCCACUACUAUAGACGUAAGUUACACUUGCUCCUUAAACUGAGACUCAGCCGUACGAUCAGCUGUGGGAACCAAAGAUAUUGCAGAGUGACUUACGAUAUCCGGAUAAACAGGGAAGGGUACCAGCGAUCAAACCACUUUAUAGCCACCCAAGGUCCCAAGCAGGAGAUGAUCUAUGACUUCUGGAGGAUGGUGUGGCAGGAGAAUUGCUUCAGUAUCGUCAUGAUCACUAAACUGGUGGAGGUGGGCAGGAUGAAGUGCUGUAAGUAUUGGCCCGAGGACAGUGAACUCUAUGGAGACAUCAAGAUCACACUGCUGAAGACGGAAACACUGGCCGAGUACACUGUUCGCACCUUUUCUAUGGAGCGGAGGGGCUACCCAGCGAAACAUGAGGUGUGUCAGUUCCACUUCACCUCCUGGCCAGAGCACGGUGUUCCCUACCACGCCACAGGCCUGCUGGCCUUCCUACGCCGGGUCAAGGCCUCCACACCCCCCGAUGCUGGGCCCGUGGUCGUCCACUGCAGUAUGGGAGCAGGCAGAACAGGCUGCUACAUCGUACUGGACGUCAUGCUGGAUAUGGCAGAGUGUGAGGGAGUGGUGGACAUCUACAACUGUGUCAAGACCCUCUGCUCCAGACGCAUCAACAUGAUACAGACAGAGGAGCAGUAUGUGUUCAUCCACGAUGCCAUACUGGAGGCUUGUUUGUGUGGAGAGACAGCUAUACCUGUUCUUGAGUUUGCUCUGACCUAUAAGGAGAUGCUGAGGGUUGACUCACAGAGCAACACCUCCCAGCUACGGGAGGAGUUCCAGACGUUGAACUCUGUGACCCCUCACCUGGACGUGGAGGAAUGCAGCGUAUCCCUGUUGCCGAGGAACCGCGAAAAGAACCGUAGCAUGGACGUCCUGCCCCCCGACCGCGCCCUGGCCUUCCUGGUCACCACUGAGGGCAUUGCCGAGGGCAACAACUACAUCAAUGCAGCUCUCACCGACAGCUUCCACCGGCCCGCCGCCUUCGUGGUCACACCUCACCCGUUACCGGGAACCACGGCAGACUUCUGGAGGCUGGUCUAUGACUAUGGAUGUACCUCGGUGGUGAUGCUCAACCAGAUCAACCAGUCCAACUCUGCCUGGCCGUGUCUAAAGUACUGGCCAGAGCCUGGGCUGCAGCAGUUUGGACCAAUGACAGUGGAGCUUCUGUCCAUGAUGGCUGAUGAUGACGUCAUAAUUCGUCUGUUCCGGGUUCAGAACAUCAUGCGGCUCCAGGAAGGUCAGCUGGUGGUUCGUCAUUUCCAGUUCCUGCGCUGGUCUCCAUACCGUGACGUCCCAGACUCUAAGAAGGCUUUCCUAAGCCUGCUGGCACAGGUCCACAACUGGCAGAGGGAGUGUGGAGAGGGACGUACCAUCGUCCACUGUCUUAACGGUGGUGGUAGGAGCGGUACGUUCUGUGCUUGUACCAUGCUGCUAGAGAUGAUCCGUCAUCACAGCCUGGUGGAUGUCUUCUACGCUGCAAAGACGCUACGCAACUCCAAACCCAACAUGGUGGAGACCAUGGAGCAGUACCGGUUCUGCUAUGACCUGGCCUUGGACUAUCUGGAUGCCUUGGACUGCCUGAGUGAGAUAGAAGUGAGAUAGCACUGAUCCCAGAUCAGCUCAGGCCCAGUAGAAAUGGAGUGGAGUCCUGGACCUAGCCUGGAUCUCAGCCUGGGUCCACAUUACCUGGGCUUCCCAGCCUGGUCCUAGCCUGAGUCCACAGCCUGGGCAUGGACCUGGGCCUGAGUCCACAAUGCUCUGCUUCUCUCUCUACACUUCUACAUCUAGCACAGAUUUGUCAGACCUUCUCAACCCUAGAAGGAGUGUAGGGAUAGAGGCCUGGGACUCAGUCCGCUGUCUUAGCCUGAGUCCGGCCUGGUCCACACCACUCCGUCCUGGGUCUUCCAUUGGGUCUACAGCCUGGGUCUAGCCAAGUUCCUGCUCUGCUUCCCUCUCGUCUCUUCCCCCAGGUCUGGGUGAUUCAGUGUAUCUGCUGCCAUAACGGACCUGGACAAAAAACUAUGAGAGCGAAAGAGAGGGAGACAGAGAGAGAUGAUGGGACAUGCUUCUACCUUCUAUCUGUCGUAUAAUGUACUCUUUUCCUUUCCCCUGCAUUCUUAUCCCAUCAGUAAGUUACUCUUCUGUUCUGUGCCACACACUAUCUGCCAAACCCAAGGAAGAGGACAAGGAAAUGGGCAGGAUCGUCCUCUUCUCAUUGGACGUUUUUCUGGUCACCUGACCACUGGUGGUAUACUCAAAGGUCUCCGCAACUUCCUGCCUUAUUUUAUUAUGUCAAUGACAACAACAAUAACAACAACAACAUCGAAAAACACAAAGCUGAAGUUUAAUAACAACAAGACAAUGAUGCCACAACUGCAGCAGAUAAAAUAUGUCAACUAUUAGGUGAUUGUGUGUGUUUGUUUUGUAAUACGUAUAAUGAUCUUGUAAAUGAUGCAAUGAUCUACUGUUGGUGAACAUCCGAUGUUGUUACUGUACACUGGUGUUUUCUCUGGUGAGGCUGGAAUGGCUAUUUCUCCAUCGGCAGAGAAGAAGUUUACAAAGAGAAUGACACUGAAAUGAUGUUGGCUGCAUCGAUCCUAUGGUCCUACUGUACAGAAAGGACCUAUCUGGUUUAUUAUUUAUUGUAUGUGUAAAUAGAUUGUUUUCCAGAUGUUUCUAGAUGUUUGUUGUCUUAACUCUGUGCCAAUUCAAUCUUUUUUGUCUAUGAACAACAUGGUCUCAUUAGAAUAAUGUCAAAAUAGUGACGUUUAACCAUUGUAAUUGUAUGCCACCCAAUUACUUUUAUGUCGCUUCUGGUGACAUAUUACUCCAUAUUGGUAAUGAGAUAUGUCUGCUAUAAAUGAGGACCACUUGAGCACCUGCAUGCCAGUCAGUUGUUAGUGUUUCCAUUGCAGUUUGUGACCCAGUCUGCUUCAGGGGACCGUCCCCACUGCUACCAGAGACUGGGGUUGCAAAAUUACAGUAGCUUUCCAAAAUUCCCAGAUUUUUUUCUGAAAUGGAGUAAGUAAGAAGGGAAUCGUCAAACUGCGAAACCUAUAACUUGGAAUCUUACUACUGGGAUUUCAGGAAACCUGGAACGUUCAGGGACGUUACCUAAUUUUGCAACCCUAUGCGCGAACCCCAGAGAGAAUAAUGUAACAAAAAAAAUGACAUGAUUUGUCUCUAGCUGUGGGAACAAACGUGAUCAGUUUGCCGAAAUUAGUUGCUUUUUACAUUUGUAUUUAUUCAUUCAAUGUUUUAUUUUAUAAUUGUGUAUAAAUGAA